AUGGUGUUUCGACCAACUUUUAAAAGGUUUUCUUACCUCAACCCCACUUUGAUACGAAUAUUCACUCAGCAAAGCUAUGGCCUGCAGACAGCUACCAAACCUGAAGUUGUGAUGCCCAAAUGUAAUUAUGAACCAGAACCAUAUUCAGGAAUCUCCUUUGAAGAUGCUGUCAAAAUUCGCAAGUCCAAUGUAAAUCCUGCCAUGUUCACAUACUACAAACAACCUGUGUUUAUUCACAAGGGUUAUAUGCAGUGGUUAUGGGAUACAACUGGUAAAAGAUACUUGGAUCUGUUCGCAGGCAUUGUGACUGUCAGUGUGGGACAUUGCCAUCCUGUGGUUGUAGAGGCAGCAGAGAAACAGAUGAAGAAUCUAUGGCAUACAACCAACAUCUACAUGCAUCCUACACUGCAUCAAUACGCCAGUGAACUGGUAGCAAAGUUACCAAGCAAUCUUAAGGUUGUGUAUUUCACCAACAGUGGUUCUGAGGCCAAUGAUCUUGCAAUGCUAAUGUCACGAAUGUAUACAGGAACAUUUGAAGUGGUUGGAACAAGAAAUGCUUACCAUGGUGCCAGUCCAUAUUUAAUGGGACUUACAUCUCUCAGUACCUGGAGAUACAAUGUUCCCACAGGUUUUGGUAUAUAUCAGACCAUGAAUCCUGAUCCUUACAGAGGUCCUUGGGGUGGUUCACACUGUCGAGACUCACCUGUUCAGACAACUCGUAAGUGUGACUGCCCAGCUGACCGUUGUCUAGCCACUGACUUUUAUCUGGAACAACUUGAGGAUGUUCUGCGUCAUUCCAUGCCCAAAGGACGUGUGGGUGCUUUCUUUGCUGAAUCAAUUCAGGGUGUUGGAGGUACUGUCCAGUUUCCUAAGGGUUUUCUUAAAGGUGCUUUUAAGAAGAUCCGUGAACGAGGUGGUCUUUGCAUUUCUGAUGAAGUUCAAACUGGGUUCGGACGAACAGGCACUGACUUUUGGGGAUUUGAAGGUCAUGAUAUCAUUCCUGAUAUUGUAACUAUGGCAAAAGGUAUGGGAAAUGGUUUCCCCUUGGCAGCUGUUGUGACCACUCCAGAAAUUGCUCAAAAAAUGUCUGAGGCCCUUCACUUCAAUACAUAUGGAGGGAAUCCUAUUUCUUGUGCAGUGGGUUCUGCAGUUCUUAAGGUGAUUGAAGAAGAAAAAAUACAGGAGAAUUCUCAUGUGACCGGAACUUACAUGCUGGAAGAACUUGCCAAGAUCCAAGAUGAGGUUGAAAUUGUUGGAGAUGUGAGAGGCAAAGGACUUAUGAUUGGUGUUGAAAUGGUCACCGAUAAGGAAAGUCGAACUCCUUUGCCUGCACAGCACAUUGCUGAGAUUUGGGAAAGAAGCAAAGACAUGGGGAUUUUAAUAGGAAAAGGUGGACUCUAUGGCAAUGUUUUCCGCAUCAAACCACCAAUGUGCAUUACCAAAGAGGAUGUAGAUUUUGCAGUAGACAUUUUCCGAAAAUCUCUUUCUGGUUAUGAGAAAGGUGUGAAAUCUUGA